AUGUCGAACUUGAACAAGCUCAAUUUCUCCGCUCUAGAAGUCUUUGGAGGAAACUAUCUAAAAGGGUUUCAAGAUGUGAAGCUCCAUUUAAUUGCAAAGGGCAUUAGAGCCACCAUCGAGGCACCUAUCGCCAACAAACCUGUUGACGAAGCUCAAAAGGCUACUGCAAUGAUCUUCAUUCGAAGACACAUACAUGAUGCAUUGCAGACUAAGUAUCUUACUGAGGAGGACCCACACACCUUCUGGCUUGCUCUGGCUGACCAUUUCGAUCACCAAAAAGACAUAUACUUGCUUAAAGCAAGACACGACUGGCAGCAUCUUUACUUCCAGGACUUUAAGUCCGUGAAUGAAUACAACUCUGAAGUUUGUAGAAUUCGCUCUUUGUUGAAAUUCUACAAAGUGGAACUAACCGAAUCAGAUCUCUUGGAGAAGACCUAUUUAACCUUUCAUGCCACCAAUAUUGUCCUGCAGCAACAAUAUAGGGCACAGAAAUUUGCCAAGUUUUCGGAUUUGAUCUCUGUUUUACUUCUCGCUGAAAAGUAG